CGGCGGUGUGUCACCGAGGCUGGGCUGCGGCCGGAGAGACCCGGAGAUAGGGCAAUUACAGAUCGCUUAGCCCAUAAGUGGCAUCGCAGCGGGGCUGAGAGGGUGCUCCGGCAAUUUUACAUCUGUAUUCUGUCCAAGUUGGAUCACACCCCUCUCUGUGUCACCAUAGCCAGCCCUCCUGAUGUCGGAUUUUAAGCUCGGGAUCGUACGGCUCGGCCGUGUGGCCGGGAAGACAAAAUACACUUUGAUUGAUGAGCAAGACAUACCACUUGUGGAAAACUAUGCCUUUGAGGCACGCAUGGAGGUAGAUGCAGAUGGGAAUGGUGCGAAGAUCUUUGCGUAUGCUUUUGACAUUGGUAAAGGCCGCUGGGCAGGAAGGCCACUCCAUGAGCUGCUUUGGGAGAAGCACAGAGGAGGCAUUGCUCCAAGUUUUCAAGUUAUCCACAUCAACUCUGUGACUGUGGACAACCGGCUAGACAACCUACGUCUGGUGCCAGUGGGCUGGAGCCCCAAACCAGAGGAGAUUUCCAGCAAGCAGAGAGAGCAGUCUCUGUACUGGCUGGCCAUCCAGCAGGUCCCAGCUGACCCUGUGGAGGAACAGUAUUUGGAGCUGAGCCGCACACGCUACUACAAUGCUAAUGGGGAGCUUGUAGAGGAAGAGGAAUGCUCUUGCACCUACUAUGAGUGUCAUUACCCUCCUUGUUCACUCAUUGAAAGGAGGCUGCGGGAGUUCAAUAUCUGUGGUCGCUGUCAGGUGGCGCGCUACUGUGGCUCCCAGUGCCAGCAGAGGGACUGGCCCGCCCACAAGAAGCAGUGCCGUGAGCGUAAACGGGUGCUGGCCUUGGAGUCAGAGCCCGAGCGAUGAUCUACCUUAAUCCUCAGUUAAGAGAAGAGGAGUAUGGCGAACGGUGGGACAGGGUUAGACAUGUGGGAGGGGAGUGGGCAAAGUAGAAAACUGGGGGAGACUCGCCGACAAGAGACUUCAUGACAGAGGACAAUAUUGAUUGGUUAAUUGACUUGACAGUUGUGGGGGUGUAAGAAGAUGGAGGAUGGGGAAGAUGAAUAAAAGCAAGGACAUCUGCCACUUCCCAGAACUCGUAAUACUCCAUAGCUUGCUUUCAUGUGAAUGUUCGAAAGUUUUUUUUUUGUUUUCUUUUUUUUUUUUUUUUUUUUUUUUCCUCUGUUCUCGAGAACAGAAAACCUCGAGCUCAACCUGCUGCUAUGGUUUUGUAAGUGAGGAGGGGUUAAAAGUUGUCUUGUUGAUGAACUGGACAAGCUUCUUUGGACCACAGUCAAACAGACAGUUGUCAUUGUUCAGUUUUUGUUCCUCCACCCUGCCGAUGGGUGUCACAACGUCUGUGUUAAUGGGGGACCUUGGGGCUACAGUACCUGUCACUCAGCUGGUACAACGGGACAUGGACCUUUUCACUGUAUUGCUCCCUCUAACCUCUCUUGCAUACACGGCUGCUGUUUUCAUGUUCAUCAACACCUUAGCCGCCUCCUUGUCUCCUUAUAUUCACACAGCCAACUACAACACAUCAGAUUUCACUGACUGGAUCACACUACAGUAUUGAGUGUGCGUGUGCUUGUGGAUGUUUGUGUAUGUGCUGCCAAUAUGUGCUGAAGGACAUUGAAAUGGUCAACAUGGCUUAUGGAUCGGGUUAAUAUGUCUUUCCUCAAAAAGGGGCCAAAUUACCCAAUUUAAAAUGUCCUAUUUAAUCAGAAAUUGGUUAUUGAAAAAUAUUUUCACUGUUCUUAAAUAAAGUAGCUGCCAAAUAAAGGCAUAAUUUUGUACUAGAGGAUUUCUUUCCUUUUUUUUUUUUUUUUUUUUUUUGUGGGUGGGCUUUUUUUUGUUUACUUGUCCACACAGAGCUGGAUCUUCAUUUUCAGAGUCGUCAAGUUAUACAGAACUCUUAAGGCACUGAUGGAAGGACAAGAAAUGGUCAUUUAGUGAUCACAAAUGGUUUUUUCAUGUUCUCACCACAAUCUUUGUUGGUGAUCAGACACACAAAAUGUACCAAAGUCUACUUUUUGCUUUCUGUAGCUUGACACUCCUCAGCUGGUUCAAAUCCUACCAUCAGUCUCAGUUUACUGCCUUUGUUUUUCUCUCCCCUUCAUUUAUUAUUUUUUGUAAUUGAUACCUAUCCUUCUAAUAGCAAUUUUGCAUCUGCAGGUUUGUGGUCUGUGUGCUGGUUGGGGAGGGUUAUGUGUUUCUUGCAUAAGAGCAUGCUCUAUGGGGUUAUUUUUUUGAAGAAAUUAUAUCAAUGGAGCUAUAUUUAUUUAAAACCUUUGCUUGUUAAACAUGCUGGUGAUAUUUGAAGGCAAACUUUAUAAGAUAUGGCCGUUGUGGGACCGUUUGUCUGUUGGAUGGGGGUGGGAGACUGAUCUGAAUAUUUCUUCCAUUAUACUUGAUUUUUUUUGUACUCUUCUUUCCUUAUAUUGAAUGAAUAAGCAAACUGUCCUUGCUGUUUCCCUUCCAGAUUUUCCAUUUAAACAAAAGGCACACCAACAGUUGCCACUAAAAUCUUCCAAGUGAGGGGCGUGUUUGAGUGGAAAACUUAAAUCUCCCUCCAAAAUAAAGCAUUAGUGGGUUUUAUUUGGAGUGGUUGUUUCAAAUUUAACCUUUUUCUGGUGUUUUUUUCUUCUAAAAUGAAGUGAAAUUGCUUGUCAAAUUUA